UGGCCAAUCAGCGGUAGUCUUGACACGCCCCUUGAAUAUUCGUUUUCGGUGACUGAAUGCAGGUCAGAGGGUAAACAAUUUCAAUAAAUUUUUCAUUGAUUUCGUAGUUUUUAUUGAUUGAUGAUCUGAGUGACUUUCGUCAAAUUCUUCAAUCAUUUAAAAUGACGGAACAGCAAAUGGAUUGUGCUUUGGAUUUGAUGAGAAGACUGCCACCUCAGCAAAUUGAAAAGAAUUUGAGUGAUUUAAUAGAUCUAGUGCCAUCUCUUUGUGAAGAUCUCUUAUCCUCUGUUGAUCAGCCCUUAAAAAUUGCAAAAGAUAAAGAGUCUGGAAAAGAUUAUUUACUUUGUGACUAUAAUAGAGAUGGAGAUUCCUAUAGGUCCCCUUGGAGUAAUACAUAUGAUCCACCACUAGAAGAUGGUUCAAUGCCAUCUGAAAGGCUUAGAAAAUUAGAGAUAGAUGCAAAUCAUGCAUUUGAUCAAUACAGAGAACUUUACUUUGAAGGUGGAGUUUCUUCUGUCUAUCUGUGGGACUUGGAUCAUGGUUUUGCAGCAGUAAUAUUGAUUAAAAAAGCAGGUGAUGGUUCAAAGAAAAUUAAAGGUUGUUGGGAUUCAAUUCAUGUAGUGGAAGUUCAAGAAAAAUCCAGUGGAAGGAUUGCACAUUAUAAAUUAACUUCCACUGCAAUGCUUUGGUUACAAACUAAUAAACAUGGCUCUGGAACAAUGAAUCUUGGUGGAAGUCUUACAAGACAGGUUGAACAAGAUGCCCAAAUAAGUGAGAGUUCUCCACAUAUUGCUAAUAUUGGUCGCAUGGUUGAAGAUAUGGAAAAUAAAAUUCGAAAUACCUUAAAUGAAAUUUAUUUUGGAAAAACAAAAGAUAUUGUAAAUGGUUUAAGGUCUGUUCAAUCUUUAGCCGAUCAACGACAACAAGCUGCCCUCAGACAGGAUCUCGCGGCCGCGUUGCAAAGGAGAAAUGCCAAUAAUUGAUCGUCCGAGGAAGAUCAACUUUCCUUCGAUUUUGAGGAGUGUCAAUAAAAAAGAAAGAAAUAAAAGAGAAAUCGUAAAUGAUGAAAUUAAGAUUCGAAUUGUUACAGUUACUGUGACGUGAAUUUUGGACAGUUUCCUGUGAUAUGCAGGGUGCAACGGUAAAGAUGAAUUUUUCCUGAAGUAUUAAAGAAUAAAUAAUUGAAUAUCAAUUAUUAAUUAUGUCGAGAUUUUGAAUAAAAUAUUAAGAGACAUUACGAGAGUGUCUGGGUUUACAUUUAUAUAUAUAUAUAUAUAUAUAUAUAUAUAUAUAUAUAUAUAUAUAUAUAUAUAGAGAGAGAGAGAGAGAGAGAGAGAGAGAGAGAGAGAGAGAGAGAGAGAAUAUGUUUAAAGGUAUGUAACACCCUAAGUUAAUGUUGUAUUUAAGCAUCGAAGUAAUUGAUUUACGAUAAUGCUCAUAGAGUACACAUUUAUGUUUAAAGUUUUUCGUUUUUAAAUACAACAAAUUUAUAUACUUAGAUUUUACCACUUUGUGCAAUCUUUCUUGUAUUGUUUACUACUCAUUGAGAUAUAUUUGUAUUAAACAUUAAUUUAUAAAGCAUUGUUAUGAUGUUCCUCUACAUUUUCAUAGUCUUAUGUAUUGUUUAUUAAUUUUAUAAAUUGCUAUAUUUCUCGUUAUGUCCACCAGAAUUUGAUCUAUGCAAACGUACGGAACUUUCAUAAUAAUGUCAUUUUACACAUCUUUUAAAUAAAAUUAUUCGCCGUCUGGUUAGCUAACGAUAUCUAAUGUAUAUAGGCAUAAGUUAUAAAACAUCUUUUAUACUUGUAUAGACGUAUCUCAUUCUUACAAUGAAUAAAUUAAAAAAAAAAAAAAAAAGAAGUGCAGUCAUAGUACAUACAAGAUACAUUUUCGUUACUGUGUUACAUAUCUUUGUCAUAUUUUUCAUGUUUAUGCGUGUAUGUUGUGUGCAUGCUGCGCUCGUGUAAAUCCGAGUCAAAUAUACAUUUAUACAUAUAUAUAUGUAUAAAUAUAUGUAUAUAUGUAUGUAUGCAUGUAUAUGUAUUUUGUAUGUAUACGUAUAUAUACAUAUAUAAUGGCACUCGUAAUGUUUUCUUAAUCACUAAUAAUUAUUAAUAAUACGAGAUAUAAGAGUAUUAAUGUUUGAAAAUGUAGGAAUAUUAAAGAGAAUAUUUGCGAAUAAA